GUCCGAGGCGCAUCCGCGGCGAAACUUUCUCGGGACGCUCGCUUGCACGUUUAUCUCGAAGAGAUUUAAAAAAAAAAUUGCUAAAUAACCCGAAAGGUCGAAUUAACGAUUUUUUUUUAGCGGAAAAAGAAAAAUUUUAGUCGCGUUGUUUGAUCAACGUAAAAAGUUGCGUGAGCAUAAUUUCAAUCACGGUGAUCGAUCGAUGAGGAAACAUGGCACGUUACGUCGAUCUCGCUGCGUCCUUUAUUAUCCUUCUCCUGAUGGUCCACCUGGAGCAGCUGGUCCUGCACAAACGAGCACUCCUUGUCGAGGGAAGAAUGGAGGCUCAGUUCGAGAAAUGCUGUGGCCUUGGCACCUCUUGGGCUCAGGAGGGUCUUAGGUGCGAGAAAUUCAUUGGGCCCGUGACCGGCGUGCCGGCGGUGCAGCAGGGUCUUUGCUUGGAGGCUGUGGACAUUUGCUGCGUUCGAGCUUAUCACGAGUUGCAAUGUGAAAAGGGAAAAGCCGAUGCUCGUCAAGGUCUGGCCUGCGUGACGAGCACGACGUCGCAAAGAUCGUCGAAGACCCUCGGCCGCGGCGAUUACCAUCGCGACUGUUGCGAAGGCUGUAAACUAGGUAUUCUUGCGGGAUCUAUGGCUCAAGGAUGUUCCUUCAAAAGCUUCUCUUUCGGGAUUCCUUGGGAUCCCGCGUUCUUGGAAUGCUGUCGCGAAGCAUCGCCAAGCUCCACGACUGAUCUUACAAGUGAAUUGUCAAGCGAGAGCUCAACCGAAACCGAUCUAGAUUUCUCAUCAUCUUCCUCGCCAACGUCCUCAUACUCACCGUCAUCAUCAAUGUCGCCUUCUCCGUCAUCGCCGUCAUCGCCAUCGUCACCGUCGUCGCCGUCGUCGCCGUCGUCGCCGUCGUCGCCGUCGUCGUCAUCGCCUUCUUCAUCAACAUCCUAUUCAUCUACGUCAUCGGAUGAUCCAUCCUCUACAUUGUCGGAUUCCACGCCGUAUUCGAUACCAACUCCAGAGGUGGAUGAUAUCUGUCAACUCAUGAAAGGCAUACUCUGCUCUGACAUUUGCGUACCGACGCCGGGCUCGUAUCGCUGCGAAUGCCGCGAAGGCUUCACUUUGUUGGAGGACGGAAAGACUUGCAAGCAACUGACCGACAGAUGCAGACCAACUCACCCUUGCGAGCAUCGGUGCACCGAUAACGGGGUGGCAAUUAUAUGUAGCUGUAACCCAGGAUACGAUUUGGCCAAGGAUGCACGUUCGUGCAUCUUGAGGUCACCGAAAAAAAUGCCAGAUAAAAAAGAUGAGGAUAACGAAUCGUCGCCGUUGUGUCCGUUGGGCUAUCGUUAUAACGCUACCAGUCAGGUGUGCGAUGACGUGGACGAAUGUCUGGAGCGCAACGCGUGUCCCGGCGGAGGAUGUCAGAACACCAUCGGCUCGUACAUUUGCAUUAGGGAGAAGUCCGCGAAGAAUGCACCCUACGAAGCUUGCCCUCCGGGCUACGAAUGGCAGCCAGAAACGGAUGAAUGCGCAGAUAUCGAUGAAUGCGUCGUCUUGUCUGCUGCCUGUACCGCCGAUAAACCGUUCUGCGUGAACACGCAGGGUAGUUACACGUGUCUCGAAAUGACCGGGGUGAAAUCCUGCCCCGCGGGAUUCAAGUUCGACAAAUCGUUGCAGCAGUGCAAAGACGUGGACGAGUGCGCGGAGGCUAUUCACAGCUGCCUAGCAGAUGUCGAGCAAUGUCGAAACACCGAGGGUGCUUACGAGUGCGACAUGAAAUGCGGGAAAGGAUUCACGUAUAGUAUCGGUCUGGGAGUCUGUGUCGACAUAGAUGAGUGCAUUGAGUCGAGCAAUCCUUGUCCCGAUCCAAGCACGAUAUGCGUUAACACGCAGGGUGCGUACGAGUGUACAAAGACAAAUAGAGAGAAUCCUUUUUCACAUCUUCCAAUAAAUAAGGAUCCAUUUAACCAAAAGAAUGUACAAUCGAGUUCACCGAUGACUUGUUCCGCGGGAUACAAACCUUCUAACAAUUCCGGAAUAACGAGGUGCAUCGAUGUCGACGAAUGCAACGAACAAUUGCAUUCCUGCGAGCUCGACGAACGUUGCAUUAACGAAAUCGGUAGUUACAGAUGCGUGCCGAUGGAAAACAAUAAGAGUUCAUUUACUACGGAGGAGAUCAAUGAUGAUCAACGUGAUGAUCAAUUUAACAGAGGAUACAAAUUAGAAGGAACGAGUAUUUCUUCGGUCGCCAAUGAAGUCGAAGAUUGCGACGACGGCUACGUUUUCGAUGUAAAAUCUAGCCGUUGUAUCGAUGUCGACGAAUGUGCCAAGAGAAUAGCGACUUGCAAUUUAGGCGAGCGUUGCGUGAACACGGAGGGCAGUUACCGAUGUUCUCCAACCUGUCCACCCGGUUUUCGGCUGCGUAACAAUUCUCGAAUUGCAAACGAGGCCAAAGAAUUUUGUGAAGAUAUUAACGAAUGCUUGCUCGGUUUGCAUACGUGCAACAACUUAACUCAUUAUUGUAUCAAUACGAACGGCUCCUACGUUUGCGGGACAAGAACCACUACCAUCAACGCUAUCGAGACGACGACUAGCAGCGCGACAACAAGAAGAUUGUACGUUGGUUCGCGUUACAACAGAGUACAGAGCGCGGAUCGUUACUGGUCCACUGAACCCUGCAGACUGGGAUACAAGAGAGACGCGAGUACGGGUUAUUGCGUUGACAUAGAUGAAUGCGCGGUUGGUCCCGGAUGUCGGGAUCACGAGAGAUGCAUGAAUACUCCAGGGGGCUACGAUUGCUCGCCUCUUUGCAGUACCGGUUGGUAUUUUAGCACGACGAUCAAGGGCUGCCAGGACGUGGACGAGUGCUCAUUAGGCAGACACGACUGUCCUCAAACUACGCAUAGAUGCGUCAACACCAACGGAUCCUUCGUCUGCGAGUUGAUAACGCCCUGCAGCCGCGGCUACAAACGUGCCUUUAACGGCACCUGCUUGGACAUCGACGAGUGCUCCGAGAACCUACAUAACUGUCGGCUCAACUUACAUCAGUAUUGCGUGAAUAAAGAAGGUGGAUUCGAGUGUUUGACCAGACUGCCCUCCUGCCCGUCUGGAUACAAGUAUUCUUUGAGCACUCGACGAUGCGAAGACAUUGACGAGUGUCUUACAGGGCAAUAUAGCUGUAACACGACAUUCUCCGAGAGAUGCGUCAACCUGCCUGGUACAUACAGAUGCGAAAGACCUUCUCCUCCUCGUCCACGUCAACGACCAGCUUGUCCAUCCGGCUAUCGAUAUCACCCUAAUUUACGCAGAUGUACAGACAUUGACGAGUGUACGGAAGGGUUGGACAUGUGCGGCGACAACGAGCUUUGCUACAAUCAACCAGGUGGUUACAGCUGCGCCAAGUCACCCGUCCCGAUAACCAGAAAACCGUCUACGACGGCGAUGCCGGUGCCGAUAAACCAGAAAUGUAUACGCGGCACCAGGUUCGUGAGAAAUCGCGGCUGCGUCGACGUCAACGAGUGUAGGGAGCUCGAGGAUGCUUGCAGCAGCAACGAGGAGUGCGUCAACACCGUAGGCAGCUAUACGUGCACUUGCAAGACCGGUUUCAGGCGCGAUAAUCUCACGCAGGCCUGCGUUGAUAUCAACGAGUGUCAGUUGCAGGAAAACGACUGUCUGCCAACGCAACGAUGCGACAAUACAAUUGGCAGCUACACGUGCACGCGUUUCUUACCUUGCGGUACUGGAUACACCCUCAACGCGGCGACGGAAAUUUGCGAGGACGACGACGAGUGUAUUCUAGGUAGCCACGACUGUGGAGCCGGCUAUCAGUGCAGAAACACUUUGGGCUCUUAUCGCUGCGAUCGCGUUCCACGUAUACCGACUCCGCAGUCGCGCACGUCGCCAAUGACGACGCCGAUGAGAAUCGCGACGACCACGACGACGACGUCGUUGACUUCAGCCGGUCUAUCGUCCAACUGUCCGCGUGGCUUCGAAUCCGGCUCCAGCGGCAAAUGCGUAGACAUAGACGAAUGCCAGAGAACGCCGAAUCCCUGCGCCAGGUCUAUGCAAAUGUGCAUCAACACUCUGGGUUCAUACAGAUGCGCGUCCAGGGUGAUCUGCGGGCCCGGUUACACUCUGGACCCCAUCUCUGGACAGUACUGCAUCGACGUAGACGAAUGUCGAGAGGGAACGCACGAGUGCGGCAAGGGACAGACCUGCGAGAAUCGUCAAGGCGGCUAUCAUUGCGUCUGUCCGUCUGGUCACGCGGUCGGACCCAACAACGAUUGCGUUGACAUCGACGAGUGUAGCAUUUACGGCAGUAGUAAUAUUUGCGGAAUGAAUAGCCGCUGCGAGAACACAGUUGGCUCUUACAAGUGCAUAUGCUCAGACGGCUUUGAGAACGCUGCGGGAGGAACCGGUCCCUGUCAGGAUGUCGACGAGUGUCAACAAACACCGGGACUCUGUCAGCACGUGUGCCUGAACGUGUGGGGCAGUUACAGAUGCGGAUGCGAAGCUGGAUUCAGGCUGAAUGCCGACAACCGAUCUUGCAGCGACAUUGACGAGUGCACGGAAUUCAAGGACAAUCAUCUCUGCAUCGGCAUCUGCGAGAAUACGCCGGGAAGCUACGCGUGCAAGUGUCCCGAGGGAUACAGGCUCGGUGUCGAUGGUCGAACGUGCCAAGACAUCGACGAGUGCGCCGCCGGUCAAGUCUGCAGGCAGGCGGACGAAAUGUGCCAGAACACGCGCGGGAGUUUCCGUUGUAAUCGGAUAAACUGUCCCUCGGGAUAUCAUCGGGACCCCAUGAAAAAGAACCGCUGCGUACGCUCCUCGAGGUACUGCCGCGUGGAAGACCUGGCUUGCCUUCGGUCGCCCUCGCAUUAUUCCUACAACUUCAUCACUUUCGUGAGCUUGCUGCCUAUCCCGUCCAGCGGUCAACUCGAGCUGUUCACUAUGAGAGGAAGCCAUCAGUCCGAUUCGACGAUACAAUUCACCAUGGCAUUGGUAGAUGUGCGCGCACCACCGGGUAUCGCGCGCGCCACAGAGUCCUGCUUCGCCCUGAAGAGACCGAUGCCGUCACAGGCGGUCUUAGUGCUGACGCGUCCGAUCGCGGGACCGCAGGAAAUCGAACUGGAUCUCAGUAUGGAGAUCUACCACGACGCCAUGUUCGUCGGGAGCGCGGUCGCUAAGAUCUUCAUCUUUGUCUCGCAAUACGAAUUCUGAGAAGAUCUUUCGAGGUAUGAUAGAGAGAGAGAGAGAGAGAGAGAGAGAGAGAGAGAGGAGUGGAAACGGAAGUCAAGAUCGUAAAGUGACGUAAUUUAGAGAUACGCUUAAUUGCCCGAUUUACGUGAUUGCCUCUUCUUCUAUAGAGUUACUGUACUUGAAAGAGCAAGAAUUAUAGCCUCACGUCGUAUCAUGUUCCGUACAAUAAUUUUUUCAAAAAUAUGAAAUCUUUUUUGCUGUUAUAAGUUUGUGGAAUAAAACUGAUGUUUUAUUAAAUAAUAGAAACAUUUAUCUUCAAAAAAUGAAAAAUAAUAUUUUAAUCGACGUACGUUUGAGAUUGAUGAAUGUACGGUCUUUUUCAUUUCUUGCUCAUCUUUGAAUAUCAAAAUAAAUGUAGCCGCGCUAGCAUUUCGAUCGAGAUAUAUGUAAAAAAGAAACAAAAAAAAAACAAAUUCAGUGUAUAUAGAUUCUUGUAAGUUAACAUAUGUACCUAAAGGAUAAAACAUGGAAUAAACUUACGUUAGAUAUAACGUGUGAAAUUUAUAUAAUAAUUUCUAAGCACACGCUUGUUGCUUUAUCAAAAUCGCAGCUUUAUUAAAUGUUUCGCUAGCGACAUUCUUCUCCCUUUAACUUACACGAUCCGCUGUUUGUAAUCGGAACAACGCCUAUUGCUUCGAAUCUAACGCUUCACUUCUCCUUCACAGAAGACGAAUAAAACAACAAAUCUGAGAUCCUUAGUGUUAAUUGCCGCUUCGUUGCAUGGAACGCGCGUUAACGUGUAAUGCAAUAUAUCUUAUGUAUAUAUAUAAAAGACCUCGAUAAAAAAUAAAAUAUAAUAUCACUGCGCGUUUUAUAUUAUGACGACAAUCGUCGCGUUGGAUGCGAAUAACGAACGCUCACCAAUCUGGUGCAGCAAAUUCUUAUUACUAAUAAGUGAUUUAAUAAUUGUACUAAACAUAAUUGCGGUCGCCGCGAUGGCGACAAUAUCGAUAGAGGACGAUGGCGAUAGCGUAAAUCAGAAUAUAUAGUCGUAAUAAAAUAAUUAUAUAAUCGUAAUAGUAAUAACAAUAAUAAUCUAAGUAACUAACGACAACUAUAUGAUAGCGGUAUUAAUGUACACACAAUAACAGGAAAUAGAACAAUUCAGGCGCAACGCGUUGAAUGCGGCACGCCGAGAAAAUGCAUACAAUAGAAUAUAUCGCGUCGCUCAGAAAUUUCUUCGGCACGACGCGUCGGUGAUAUAUACACACCUAUACGUUACGAGAGAACGCGAUUGUGUCAUCGGGAAAUCUUGUCGACGACAUACGGCUCGAAGCGUUCGCGCGUCGCUAAUAUAACAUGUAAUAUCUAGGACUUGGCUGGUCUCUCGUGCGUCGUUUCACGGCUGAGCCAUCUUACUCGCUCAAUUGGUCAUGGAUGUGUGUACCAAUUCUAUCAAGACGAGACGAGUAGGAAAACGGAAAUUAAGCGCAAACGUGGAAAGGGUUGGACGAUUAUGCGAAAAAGCUUCCGAUCAUCCAGCUCGUCCCGUGAAACUUGCACGUGUUUCCACGCGGUCCUAGCCAUAGCAUACAACAAACUUCCGACAAGCGCACGCGUAAUCGCAACUAAUAAA